AGAUAGUUGACAGUUAACAGUUCAUGGACAAUCGAAUCACAAAAAUAAAAACAAAUCUCUCAAACUCUAGAGUAUUUGCAGACUGUGAAUACAUAAUUGUAAUUAUUUAAUAAUAUAUUAGUGAUUAUUAAUGUCACUUACGAAUAAAUUAUCAUUUAAAAAUGUCUAUCACUGAAAACAUUCGACAAGAAAUUACAAAGUUGGUGCCGGCAUCAGUUAUUAACGAAAUAUCUUGUUUUGUUUUCUUUGAGUCUCAUCCUCGUGAUCGAAAUCCUAUAGAUAUUGCUGUAUGUACUAAAUCAGUGGAAGUGAAAGAGUUUUUUCAAAGAGAUUUAGUUUCAUCCCUGCGCCUUGAUAUUCAGGAAGUAUCAGAUAUAACCCUAUUUAGAAACGAUAGAGCAGACCCCUUCUAUUUAAUAUUUGGUGGGGACCAACUUUUGAUAAUAUCGAGAGGAGAAAACUUAAAGAUACAUAAACGUAUCAACAAUGUAGAUAGAUAUGAAAUAGAAGAUACAUUAUGUGAUGGUCGAGCAAGCUUAAAAGUGUUUUUAAACGAUGACGCUGUUCCAUUGGUUUUUGACGAUAAUUUUGAAACAGUCGAAGAAAUAACCAAUGAAGAUGAUGUUACCGCCCCAAUUGUGACUGAGUUGCUGAGGAAAUUAACAGAAGCCAAGUACAGUGUCAAAUGUAAUGAAAAAAUGUAUGAGAAGUUAGUUAAUCUUCGUCAGAUGGCUUUGUUUUCUAAGUAUCAGGUAAAUAGUACAGAUGGAGCACUGUCUAUAAAUGGGUUGAAAGAGAUAGCGAGUGCCUUAAAGAUAGAGACAUUGGUGCCAUGGGUGAAAAUGUGCAAUAGAAAGAUUGUUAUUAUAUUUGAAAUCACAAAUCAGGAUGUUCAAUUGAUAGAAGAUAUUCAAGUAUUACUUCAUGGUACAACCAGGCCAGUAGUAACAUACACCACAAAACUAUUUGAAAAAAAUGAUAAACCACCAUUUUACAAAGAAAAGGAUGUUCACAAUUUACAACCAAACAACAAAGUUGCCAUUACAGUUGUAGUUGAUUUAAAUGAACUGAAGUGUAAUGUUUUCAGUAAAGUUAUGUUUGAAGCUGUGGUAAUGUUUAAGAAAAAGGAGGAGUUUUUAUUGCCUUUGGAAAGGAUAAAUUUAUCUUCAUUUGAUACUUUGAAAGAAGGAUUUGAUGUACUAAAUAAAGAAUCUGUUGAUGAUCCAAAUAUAAUACUAGCCAUAUUGGCUACAACAGAAAAAAUCGAUCUUCAUUUAAGACAUAUAAAGAGGGAUGGUGAAAAGGAUAUUGAAAUUCCAGAAAUAUUUUGUACUUACCUUAACAUGGAACGAGUUCCUAAUAUGAAUAAUGUUGUUAUUUAUAGACAGUCAUCAUAUCACAUAUUGCAUGGUAUCAUGAUUGUGAAUCUAGAUACAGAAAGUCAUAGAAAUGAUUAUAAUAUCUCCGUUUAUACAAGAUUACCAUCUCAAAUUUUAUCACUGAUACACUUCAUUCAUGAUGCAGUACCAGCUAAAAUAGUUAUAACAACACCAAACUACAAGAUAAAAGACAUAAAUGAUGAGGUUAUACCAUUCAACAAAGACAUUUCUACCAUAGAUUCACAUCUAAAUUAUAGAGAAUAUGGCAGAUCAAUUUUAAAUAGAACAUCAACACUACUUGAAUAUUUGGACAGAAUGAUGAUUAAAAUGAAUUCAAGUAAAAAUACAACUGUACAGAGUAAAAUUGGGAGAGAAAUACAUUUAUUUGCUGACGGUGUUGAGAAUUAUUUGGAUUUUAGGCAAAAGAUAUUAAGAGAGGCUGAUAAAGGUGUCACCGAGUUUUUGAAAUGUACAGUUGAGGAUGACAGUGAAGCUAUGAUUAUAGAAUGAGCAUUGAAGUCUUCAAAUAUGCCCUUGUAACUUCCUACUACUGCCUCCAUCCGACGUUGCCUUUCUACGUUUUCGUAAAUGUAGAAAGAGGAAGACCGAUGCAACGUAGAUGAGGCCAAGCAGUAGAGAGCUGAUCCCGAUGGCAACAUAUUCCGUCACAGAGAGACCUGAUGCGGUUGCCGUCUCCGACCUGUGUGCGUUUGACGCGAAUUGGACUUCUGUUACGUCUGAAAUAUUAAACAGUUUAUUUUUAUA